AUGACGGCCAACGAAAAGGGCGGCAGCACGGACGACGCGAUCAGCGCCAUGCUCGGGAGCGCCGCGCGGGCUGCUAAACAGCGCUCGCGGUCGCGGAGCCGGUCGCCGCCGCGGCGCCGGUCGCGCAGCCCGCCGCGGCGGCGCCGGAGCCCGCCGCGCCGCCGGAGCCCGCCGCGCCGCGGCCGCCGGUCGCCGAGCUACUCCUCGUCGCGCAGCCGCAGCCGCAGCCGGAGCUAUAGCCGCAGCCGCAGCCCGCGGCGGCGCCGCUCGCCGAGCCCGCGCGGCCGCGGCCGCCGGCGGUCGUACUCGAGCUCGCGCUCGCGGUCGUACUCGUCGCGGAGCCGGAGCUCGAGCCGCAGCCGCUCGUACUCGCGGAGCCGGAGCCGGUCGCGGAGCCGGUCGGCGUCGGCCGGCGCCGCGCGCCGCGCCGUCGUCGCGAAGAUGCGCGGCGCCGACGCGGCGGCGGCCCGGCCGGCGUCGAACGCGGCCGCCGCGCCCGCGCCCGAGGACGACUCGGAGGAGGCGCAGAUGGCGCGGCUGAUGGGCUUCGGCGGCUUCGGCUCGACGAAGGGCAAGGAGGUCGCCGACAACCAGCACGGCGCCGCGCGCGGCGCCGUCAAGAAGAACCAGAACCGGUCCUACCGCCAGUACAUGAACCGGCGCGGGGGCUUCAACCGGCCGCUGGAGAACAUUAAGUAA